CAAGACAAUGGCGACUUGUCAAAAUGUACAUUGCUGCCAUGUAUUCAGGUUCUGCUGCAUUGCUCAGCCGAGUGUUUAUUGGACAAGAGCCUCAGAGUGUCGUAGUCUUUUCGAGCAUUCCCCUUGUGAUAAGACGCGAGAUCGAGCAGCAUGUCUCCGAAACAGGCUUUGACAGAAUGGGACAGUGGCCUCCUGGAUUGCUGUCAAGACAAAGGCUCUUGCUGCUACGGUUUCUUUUGCUGCCCCUGUCUGGCCUGUUCAGUUGCAGGAACAUUUGGAGAGAACCGAUGUCUCCCAUUGUGUGACAUGCUCAGCCCUGCUGUCUUGACAGCUUUUGGGAUCCCCCUGUUUGCACCCCCAGCAGCUUUGUCUCUACGAGUGGGCAUUCGCAACAGAUAUGGUGUCAAGGGCUCAAUGUGCAACGACAUCCUGUCCUCGUGUUUCUGCAUGUGGUGCACCUGGUGUCAAAUGCACCGCGAACUGAAGUUCCGCAAGAAAAACCCCACUGUCAUCAAUAUGCAGCCUGCGCCCCUCUAAUCGGUUCUUGAACCUAACCAAAUGCAAAGAAGAUGGCACCUGCUUUUUUUCAUGGCUAAUGUGACUAAGUUGCAGCUGACAGCUACAAAGAUGAGCAUUGUGGGUACAUAAAAAAGGUGAGAAAUGAUGGCAUUUCAUUCAAAGCAACAUACAGUCUUCAAAGAGACUUUGAAAACUCUGGGGUUUUGGUUUUAUAUCAACGGUUGUGAAUCGGGUAAUCUCUAAUUGGUGUAUGGGCUCUGAAAUCUGUCAACAAAUACUCCCAAAACUGCCGAGUACUGUACUAAAGAAAGAGAAUGCUAAGAGGUAGGAGCUAAGAUCAAGGUAAACCACUUGUUGUAAUAUUUGGGCAUCACUUGAUACCGAAUUUGAUACCAUUUAUCACGGUAUCAAAACAAUCAAUAGCAGGUUCGUCUGUCUUUGACAUGAAUCUCUGAUUAAAAAACAACGAAUAUGAUAACA